CCAACAUUUGUGCUUACAGGCGGUCAGACUGGGAUUGAGCGCCGGAUUUCAGCAUGACUUCUAGCGCAGUACAGCUUCCCGGAGGCUUGAAGGCAGAUCCUGCAGCACUGAUGGCAUCUCUGCAGCUCAUGCCCUCACCGGUGCCCAACCCGGAGAUCAAGUACACCAAGAUUUUUAUUAAUAACGAAUGGCAGGACUCAGUGAGCGGCAAAACUUUCUGUACAUACAACCCCUCCACCGGAGAGAAGAUCUGCGAUGUCCAGGAGGCUGAUAAGGCGGAUGUGGACAAGGCGGUGCAGGCUGCUCGGUUAGCGUUCUCUCUGGGUUCAGUAUGGAGAAAGAUGGACUCGUCUGAUAGAGGGAGGCUGCUGUCUAAACUGGCAGAUCUGGUGGAAAGAGAUCGUGCUUACCUGGCUACUCUGGAGUCUCUGGACAGCGGCAAGCCUUUCCUCUCCUCCUUCUUUGUGGAUCUUCAGGGAACAAUAAAGACUCUGCGAUAUUUUGCCGGAUGGGCCGACAAGAUCCACGGCACCUCUAUUCCAACCGAUGGAGGGUAUUUAUCGUUCACCAGACACGAGCCUAUCGGAGUAUGUGGACAGAUUAUCCCUUGGAACUUCCCUCUGAUGAUGACGGCCUGGAAGCUGGGUCCAGCUCUCUGCUGCGGAAACACUGUGGUCCUGAAGCCGGCCGAGCAGACGCCCCUCACCUGCCUUUACAUGGGAGCGCUGAUUAAAGAGGCCGGCUUUCCACCAGGAGUGGUCAAUAUUUUGCCGGGCUUCGGACCAACCGCAGGAGCCUGUAUUGCCUCGCACACUGGCAUAGACAAAGUGGCUUUCACUGGGUCGACAGAGGUUGGCAAGCUGAUCCAAGAAGCAGCUGGAAGGAGCAAUCUGAAGAGAGUCACGCUGGAGCUGGGGGGCAAGAAUCCCAACAUCAUUUUUGCUGACGCAGAUUUGGAUCUGGCGGUGGAGCAGGCGCAUCAGGGUGUGUUCUUUAACAGCGGUCAGUGCUGUACCGCAGGCUCGCGAAUCUUCGUGGAAGAGCCCAUAUAUGAGGAGUUUGUGCGCAGGAGUGUGGAAAGAGCGAAGAGGAGGAUAGUGGGAAGCCCCUUCGACCCCACCACUGAACAGGGACCUCAGAUCAGUGCUGAACAGCAAAGACGUGUGUUGGAGUUAAUCGAAAGUGGCAUUAGCGAGGGUGCUAAACUGGAGUGUGGAGGAAAAGCACACUACUCUAAAGGCUACUACAUCCAGCCUACGGUCUUCUCCAAUGUACAGGACCACAUGCGCAUCGCUAAAGAGGAAAUCUUUGGACCGGUGCAGCAGAUUAUGAAGUUCAAGACAAUUGAGGAAGUCAUUGAGAGAGCCAACAACACAGAGUACGGUCUGACUGCUGCCGUCUUCACCAACGACAUCAACAAAGCCAUGGCCAUCUCUACAGCUGUGCAGGCCGGCACUGUUUGGAUAAACUGCUUUAACGCUCUGAGCUGUCAGUGUCCAUUCGGAGGAUUCAAAAUGUCAGGAAACGGCCGUGAACUGGGUGAAUACGGGUUGAGGGAGUACACAGAGGUGAAGACUAUCACAGUGAAGAUGCCUGGGAACUUAUAAAGCUUAAACUCACCUACCUGUUCCUACUGGAAGAAGAUCCUUCUCUGGAUUCAUCACUCUGGCAUGAUGCCAUCCACUAACCAGCAUCCCAGUUGGGCAGUACCGCCAUGUCUACUUUAACUCCAGUAGUGACCUCCCUUCAGCGUUUCCAUUAACCGUACUAAAGCACUUGGAGACAAUGAGGGAGGAGGAUCACACUAUACAUCGCUCCAUCUCCAGCGCCCAACACUAACAGACUGAAAAACACCAACAUUACCAAUACCAACGCCAACACCAUAAAGACCUACAUGGUUUACACAACCAACUUACCUUUAAUCUAAUCCACUGGCUAAAAUAGAUUUUAUACUUAGACCACUGAAGCAGUCUGUCUCAGCAUUCAAACCGCUGGAUCUUUUUAUUAUUAAGUAUUAAUUUUAAAAUGUAAUUGUUUAAUUGUUCUGUCUUUUGCUGUUUUUGUUUUAUGAUGUAUAACUCAUCAACAUGUUGACCAAUGUAAACAGAUGGUUUACCUCAACAAUAGUUAUUAUUAGAAGCAUUUUACAUGAAUGAUUACUUAUUUGUGUCAUUUACUUUCAUUCUAAACAGCUCUGUACUAUAAACAUAAAAGCUUAAA